AUGGGGUUUGAUAAUGAGUGCAUACUGAAUAUACGAUCUCUGGCUAGGGAAUUUUUCUGCCCUGUGUGUCGUCAGCUAGUCUAUCCAAAUGAAGCAUUACAGUCCUCAUGCACCCACCUAUACUGUAAGCCAUGUUUAACAUAUAUUGCGAGCACUACCCGGACCUGCCCGUAUGAUGGCUACUUGGUGACUCAAGCAGAUUCCAAGUCUCUUAUUAGAUCAAACAAAGCUCUUGCUGAAACCAUUGGCCGGAUAACAGUUCAUUGUCUAUACCAUAGGAGUGGAUGCACGUGGCAGGGUCCUUUAUCUGAGUGUACUUAUCAUUGUUUUGGAUGUGCCUUUGGUUAUUAUCCUGUUGUGUGUAAUUGGUGUGGAAUCUUAAUAGUUCACCGUCAAGCGCAGGAACAUGCACAAAAUUGUCCUUGUGCUGUUUGGGAUACUACAGCCCGAGGGACAUCACCUGUUGAUGAUCGGAACCAGGCUCAGACAUCUCAAUAUUAUCAAACCGCAGCAUCCUCAUUGCCUGGACAAGGUCUAAAUCAGAAAGCUUACCAAGCUGCACAGCACCAGACUGCAGUGCAGGCCACUGUGCCCACAGCAGAACUGUGGUAUCAACAGCAGCAACAAUAUCAACAGUACGACCAGCGGUAUCCAAGAUAUGCUUAUCAGCAAUACUACCCUUAUCAACAGCAAGCAGUUCCAUAUUAUCAACAACCUCAGCUUUAUCUGCAGUCUGAGGUUCCUCAACCCCACAUUCAACCUCAGUCUCUGCUGCAAACACAAUGGCUAUAUCCCCCACAAGCCCAAGUUCACACAGAGGCUCGUUCUCAGCUUCACCCUCAGUAUCCUUUUCCUCAACCUCAACAUUAUUCACAAGGCCUUCCUCAAACACAUGCUCAGCAUACUGCGCAGCCACUUCCACAACCCUUCACUUCUCAGCCAAACCCGCCAUUGAACCAUCAUCUCCAGCCUCAGCUACAGCAUUCACUGGCCCUUGCAGUAACAGGCCAUAUCUCUUAUCCCCAACCAAACCCUCAACAGCAAAUGCCGCUGGGAGGUCCACAACAUCCUGCACAGUUUUAUCCUCAAGGUGGGCAUCAACCACAAUCACAUCUUGUCCGAAUGCAGGGUAAGUUCCCUCAACAACCUCCCCUCUUGCAUCCAUCGCAAUCUCAUGGUGCAAAUCAAAACCCUCAAAAACCUGGUUUGCUACCUUCAUCUGGUCAAGUUCCUAGUGCUCCUCCAGCAGAACAGCAGCCAGUGCAUUCCCAUGCUCGCCAACCUGGACUUCCUCAUCAACGUCCUCUUAUGCAAUCAAUUCAGCAACAAGUUCAUGAGCAGUGUGUGCAGCAGCAGCCAUUUUCUGGACCAGUGCCGAGUUCAGAUCAGAAUCAGGUGCUUCAGCAAGGUGCUUACAUACAGCAACAACAGCAUGUGCAUUCUCAAAUACAUGCCCAGGGGCCAUCCUCAUCAUUUCAGCAACCUUUUAGUGCCUAUCCAUUGCCUCAACAUGAUGCUGUAUUACCACAUGGCACACACCCCUAUCAAGCCCAUAGUCAUGGAGGAAAGCCAAUGGUGCCACCUGCUGGAGUGUUAACUCAGCCACAUUCAUACUCAUCUGCCAGCAUGCAGGUAACGGCAAUGGAGGUUGGUGCAGGCCAAUCAGGAAAUGCACCAAGUAUCAACAACCAAGAUCAAUUGUCUUCUGAGCAACAGUCUGGGCCUACUUCAAGACAAACGUGUGAGGGACAAGGGGAUCAUACUAUUGAGAAAAGUUCAGUAACUGAGUCCACUCAUAAAAAUGUCACAAGUGAUGCUAGUGAUUUGGAUGUUGCUUCUAGUGUUGGAGCUGAUGCCGGUGAGGUAAAAACUGUAAACUCUGGAAACACUUUGAAGCCAGUGGAUGAUGACAAUAAACCCAUGGGUGAUGUUAAGAAUAUUUCAGAAUCUCUUGGCGCCGGGAAUGAAGAGUAUUUGAUUAAGCAGGUGAAGAAAGAGCCAGAAGAGACCAGUGGUGACCAAAGAGAUGUUUUUAAUAUUGAUCAUAAAAGAGUUGAAGAUUCUGUGUCAGAAGACGAGGAAAUGAAGGAUGGGCCUCUGUUGAAUUCUCCUCAAUUGGAGGAAGGUGAAAUCCUUGAAGACCAUAAUAUGUAAUUGCGUGACAGGAAUAUGACUUCUCAACAUCCUGGAGGCUUUCCUCUGCAUGAUGAACUUUUUUCAUAAUAGACUUUUUCAAUCGGCCCAUCUUUUUACGCUCGAAGCAGACAACAAAAGGACCGAAAGUGCAGCGGAAAGGUUUACUCAGUCCUCUUUUUUGGAUGUAGUGAGAUCAUGCUCAAAUGUACAGAUGUAAGUAACGAUUCUUUGCUCAUUGGCAUUGAUAUUCUUGAAUUUUACUUUGUCAAUAGGAUACUGCUUUUUACUCCAAAAUAUUCUGUAGUUGAAACUAUGUUAAGAUGGUCUUUUUGAUUUGUUAGAAAACUUGAAAUGCUUAGAGAAC